AUGAGACUUAGUGGACUGUAUGUGAGGCAAAUUGUCAAGCUUCAUGGUGUUCCUGUAUCCAUUGUUUUGGAUAGCGAUCCUCGGCUCAUUGGACCGUUCUAUAUUUUGGACUGCAUUGGUGAGGUUGCUUAUAAGUUGGCAUUGCCGCCACAUUUGGAUAGAUUUCACGAUGUUUUUCACGUUUCCAUAUUGAGGAAGUACGAGCUAGAUCCAUCACACAUUUUGCUGUGGACAUAUGUUAUUAUUGAUGAGGAUGUGACCUACGAGGAGGGUCCAGUCCAGAUUCUCGACACCAAGGAGCAGGUCUUACGAACCAAGACCAUUCCAUUGAUCAAGGUUUUGUGGAGAUAUCACAGAGUUGGGGAGGGCACUUGGGAGCUCGAUCAAGAGGUUCACUCUUAG